AUGUCUCGUGUGCCAGAAGUUACACUGGCUGACUUCCAUCCUGUCGCAGCCUUACUGCUGGUCUGCGCAAUCAGUUUAGCUCAAGGAAAUGAUAUUGAGCUAAAUGAGAAUGGUUGCCCGAUAGACCACACUAUUGAAAAACUUUAUCCCCACGAAAACUGUAACAAAUUCUACCAAUGCACGCACGGAAAUCUUGUAGUAAAGAAAUGUGCGUCGAACCUCUUCUUUGAUGUUGAAAAACAAGAAUGUGAUUGGUCUGAAACAGUAGACUGCGGUGAUAGGGUUGUCCCAGACGAGAAGGAAGAUGAGGACUGUGAUGAGAACGAAAACGAGAAUGGGGACGGCAAUGAAGAUGGCGAUGAUAACAAUGGAUCUUGCAACUGUAACCCCGGUGAGGCGCCAUCGAUUUGUGGUCGGGAAGGGUCUGACGGGGUUUUAAUCGCACACGAAAAUUGCAACCAGUUUUAUAAAUGCUUCAAUGGCAAACCCGUUACAGUAAACUGUCCCGGAAACCUUCUAUACAAUCCACACAAAGAAAUAUGUGAUUGGCCCGAAAACGUUGAAUGUGGUGACAGAGUAAUUCCAGAAUGUGAUGACGAUGACAAUGGCGGAGACGGUGGUGGCGAUGACAGUGGUGGAACUUGCAACUGCAACCCCGGUGAAGCACCUUCGAUUUGCGGUCGGGAAGAUUCUGACGGAGUCUUAAUCGCACACGAAAACUGCAACCAGUUCUACAAAUGUUUCAAUGGAAAACCCGUCACAAUGAACUGUCCCGGCAACCUUCUCUACAAUCCACACAAAAGAAUAUGUGAUUGGCCCGAAAAUGUUGAUUGUGGAGACAGAGUAAUUCCAGAAUGUGAUAACGAUGACAAUGGCGGAGGCGGAGGCGGUGGAGGCGGAGGCGGUGAAGGUGGUGGCGAUGACAAUGAUGGAACUUGCAACUGCAACCCCGGUGAAGCACCUUCGAUUUGCGGUCGGGAAGAUUCUGACGGAGUCUUAGUCGCACACGAAAACUGCAACCAGUUCUACAAAUGUUUCAAUGGUAAACCCGUCACAAUGAACUGUCCCGGCAACCUUCUCUACAAUCCACACAAAAGAAUAUGUGAUUGGCCCGAAAAUGUUGAUUGUGGAGACAGAGUAAUUCCAGAAUGCGGCGGAGGUGGAGGUGGUGGAGGCGGAGGCGGCGACGGUGGUGGCGAUGACAAUGAUGGAACUUGCAACUGCAACCCCGGUGAAGCACCUUCGAUUUGCGGUCGGGAAGGUUCUGAUGGAGUCUUAGUCGCACACGAAAACUGCAACCAGUUCUACAAAUGUUUCAAUGGAAAACCCGUCACAAUGAACUGUCCCGGCAACCUUCUCUACAAUCCACACAAAAGAAUAUGUGAUUGGCCCGAAAAUGUUGAUUGUGGAGACAGAGUAAUUCCAGAAUGUGAUGACGAUGACAAUGGCGGAGGUGGCGGUGAAGGUGGUGGCGAUGACAAUGAUGGAACUUGCAACUGCAACCCCGGUGAAGCACCUUCGAUUUGCGGUCGGGAAGGUUCUGAUGGAGUCUUAGUCGCACACGAAAACUGCAACCAGUUCUACAAAUGUUUCAAUGGAAAACCCGUCACAAUGAACUGUCCCGGCAAUCUUCUCUACAAUCCACACAAAAGAAUAUGUGAUUGGCCCGAAAAUGUUGAUUGUGGAGACAGAGUAAUUCCAGAAUGUGAUGACGAUGACAAUGGCGGAGACGACGGAGGAAGUGGCGAUGACAAUGAUGGAACUUGCAACUGCAACCCCGGUGAAGCACCUUCGAUUUGCGGUCGGGAAGGUUCUGAUGGAGUCUUAGUCGCACACGAAAACUGCAACCAGUUCUACAAAUGUUUCAAUGGAAAACCCGUCACAAUGAACUGUCCCGGCAACCUUCUCUACAAUCCACACAAAAGAAUAUGUGAUUGGCCCGAAAAUGUUGAUUGUGGAGACAGAGUAAUUCCAGAAUGUGAUGACGAUGACAAUGGCGGAGGUGGUGGUGGCGAUGACAAUGAUGGAACUUGCAACUGCAACCCCGGUGAAGCACCUUCGAUUUGCGGUCGGGAAGGUUCUGAUGGAGUCUUAGUCGCACACGAAAACUGCAACCAGUUCUACAAAUGUUUCAAUGGAAAACCCGUCACAAUGAACUGUCCCGGCAACCUUCUCUACAAUCCACACAAAAGAAUAUGUGAUUGGCCCGAAAAUGUUGAUUGUGGAGACAGAGUAAUUCCAGAAUGUGAUGACGAUGACAAUGGCGGAGGUGGCGGAGGCGGUGAAGGUGGUGGCGAUGACAAUGAUGGAACUUGCAAUUGCAACCCCGGUGAAGCACCUUCGAUUUGCGGUCGGGAAGAUUCUGACGGAGUCUUAGUCGCACACGAAAACUGCAACCAGUUCUACAAAUGUUUCAAUGGUAAACCCGUCACAAUGAACUGUCCCGGCAACCUUCUCUACAAUCCACACAAAAGAAUAUGUGAUUGGCCCGAAAAUGUUGAUUGUGGAGACAGAGUAAUUCCAGAAUGUGAUGACGAUGACAAUGGCGGAGGUGGCGGAGGCGGCGGAGGUGGAGGUGGUGGAGGCGGAGGCGGCGACGGUGGUGGCGAUGACAAUGAUGGAACUUGCAACUGCAACCCCGGUGAAGCACCUUCGAUUUGCGGUCGGGAAGAUUCUGACGGAGUCUUAGUCGCACACGAAAACUGCAACCAGUUCUACAAAUGUUUCAAUGGUAAACCCGUCACAAUGAACUGUCCCGGCAACCUUCUCUACAAUCCACACAAAAGAAUAUGUGAUUGGCCCGAAAAUGUUGAUUGUGGAGACAGAGUAAUUCCAGAAUGUGAUAACGAUGACAAUGGCGGAGGUGGUGGAGGCGGCGGAGGCGGAGGCGGUGGAGGCGGAGGCGGUGAAGGUGGUGGCGAUGACAAUGAUGGAACUUGCAAUUGCAACCCCGGUGAAGCACCUUCGAUUUGCGGUCGGGAAGAUUCUGACGGAGUCUUAGUCGCACACGAAAACUGCAACCAGUUCUACAAAUGUUUCAAUGGUAAACCCGUCACAAUGAACUGUCCCGGCAACCUUCUCUACAAUCCACACAAAAGAAUAUGUGAUUGGCCCGAAAAUGUUGAUUGUGGAGACAGAGUAAUUCCAGAAUGUGAUGACGAUGACAAUGGCGGAGGUGGCGGAGGCGGCGGAGGUGGAGGUGGUGGAGGCGGAGGCGGCGACGGUGGUGGCGAUGACAAUGAUGGAACUUGCAACUGCAACCCCGGUGAAGCACCUUCGAUUUGCGGUCGGGAAGGUUCUGAUGGAGUCUUAGUCGCACACGAAAACUGCAAUCAGUUCUACAAAUGUUUCAAUGGAAAACCCGUCACAAUGAACUGUCCCGGCAACCUUCUCUACAAUCCACACAAAAGAAUAUGUGAUUGGCCUGAAAAUGUUGAUUGUGGAGACAGAGUAAUUCCAGAAUGUGAUGACGAUGACAAUGGCGGAGGUGGUGGAGGUGGUGGAGGCGGAGGCGGCGACGGUGGUGGCGAUGACAAUGAUGGAACUUGCAACUGCAACCCCGGUGAAGCACCUUCGAUUUGCGGUCGGGAAGGUUCUGAUGGAGUCUUAGUCGCACACGAAAACUGCAACCAGUUCUACAAAUGUUUCAAUGGAAAACCCGUCACAAUGAACUGUCCCGGCAACCUUCUCUACAAUCCACACAAAAGAAUAUGUGAUUGGCCCGAAAAUGUUGAUUGUGGAGACAGAAUAAUUCCAGAAUGUGAUGACGAUGACAAUGGCGGAGGCGGCGGAGAUGGAGGUGGUGGAGGCGGAGGCGGCGACGGUGGUGGCGAUGACAAUGAUGGAACUUGCAACUGCAACCCCGGUGAAGCACCUUCGAUUUGCGGUCGGGAAGGUUCUGAUGGAGUCUUAGUCGCACACGAAAACUGCAACCAGUUCUACAAAUGUUUCAAUGGAAAACCCGUCACAAUGAACUGUCCCGGCAACCUUCUCUACAAUCCACACAAAAGAAUAUGUGAUUGGCCCGAAAAUGUUGAUUGUGGAGACAGAAUAAUUCCAGAAUGUGAUGACGAUGACAAUGGCGGAGGUGACGACGGAGGAAGUGGCGAUGACAAUGAUGGAACUUGCAACUGCAACCCCGGUGAAGCACCUUCGAUUUGCGGUCGGGAAGGUUCUGAUGGAGUCUUAGUCGCACACGAAAACUGCAACCAGUUCUACAAAUGUUUCAAUGGAAAACCCGUCACAAUGAACUGUCCCGGAAACCUUCUCUACAAUCCACACAAAAGAAUAUGUGAUUGGCCCGAAAAUGUUGAUUGUGGAGACAGAGUAAUUCCAGAAUGUGAUGACGAUGACAAUGGCGGAGGUGGUGGUGGCGAUGACAAUGAUGGAACUUGCAACUGCAACCCCGGUGAAGCACCUUCGAUUUGCGGUCGGGAAGGUUCUGAUGGAGUUUUAGUUGCACACGAAAACUGCAACCAGUUCUACAAAUGCUCCAAUGGCAAACCAGUCACAAUAAGCUGUCCCAGCAACCUUCUCUACAAUCCAUACAUAAGAAUAUGUGAUUGGCCCGAAAAUGUUGAUUGUGGAGACAGAGUAAUUCCAGAAUGUGAUGACGAUGACAAUGGCGGAGGUUGUGGAGGUGGUGGCGAUGACAAUGAUGGAACUUGCAACUGCAACCCCGGUGAAGCACCUUCGAUUUGCGGUCGGGAAGGUUCUGAUGGAGUCUUAGUCGCACACGAAAACUGCAACCAGUUCUACAAAUGCUCCAACAACGAACCUGUUUCAAUGGAUUGCCCCGUUAAUCUUUUUUACAAUCCUUACAAACAAAUUUGUGAUUGGCCCGAAAACGUGAAAUGUGGCGAUAGAGUAAUACCAGAUUCUUGCAACUGCAACCCUCGUGCAGCACUACAAAUAUGUGAAGCAGCAAACUCCGAAGGCGAGUUGAUAGCUCAUGAAAAUUGUAAUCAAUUCUACAAAUGUUCUUUCGGAAAACCGAUUGCAUUCUCGUGUCCAGCAGGUCUUCAUUACAAUCCAUAUAAAGAAGUAUGUGAUUGGCCUGUUAACGUAGAUUGUGGAGACAGGAUAGCGACCCAAAGUGUCUCAUUGAAUAAGCACCUUGACACAGGAUUCAGAAAAACAUAUUUUUAA